UGGGACUUUAAACAAAUACACAGGUACCUGGUACUACCAUAAAAAGCUGCGUAUUACAGACCUAUGCGUCAUGGCCUGUUAUAUAUAGACAAGGUGCUCACAGCGCACUAACAGAAGACUAAUUUCGAUUUGGAAAUACUUGGCAACCAACACCAUGUACGUUAUACGGCUUCACGUGACGGUCGCGGUGUGGCUGGUCACCAUGGUACCGUUCGCCCGGGGCAACGCGUUCAUUGACGCCUACAACAAGGCUACAAAUACGAUCGCCAAUGAUGACACAAUUGUCGACAAAUAUUUUGACAACCAGGCGGACUUCUAUAUGCAGGCGAUGCACGAGAACGGACCGGCAUCGUCGACCAUAGCAGACGCCGCAAACUUCGUAAACCUUCUCGCCAUCUUCUUUAACGUACCGACAAUCGGACCCCUGAAUAAUUAUGACAAUUUCAAGACCCAACUGGAGACUGUUGUGGCUUCAAUCAACGGCACUUGUCCUCUCAAUACCAUUACAGAUAUUGAGGACUGUACCCAGGCGGACAAAGAGAGCCUCUGGCGACCCAUAAACGGCAUCUGUAGCAACCUUAAACAUCCGUGGUGGGGGACGCCAAAAAUGGCCCAACUAAGACUGGCACCGGCAUUCUGGGAAAAUGUUGGUUUGGUGGUGUUCGACCCUUUGUCCGUUCACCUGACUCCAGUGAACUCCCGGGGCGUUCAGCUGGUACCCAACGUUCCGCUUAUCUUUAAUCUACAGGGAACCAGCACAUUCACACUCGCAGUGACGAACCCGGGACUGGCAGAUCCAGUUUGUGAGAGAAUAAACGUACAGAAGGCGAAAGAGGGCAAUGUCGACGGCAUUAUUAUCAGUGUUACACCCAACAAAGAUGGGUGCAAAGUGGACUUUGAAGGGAAUCAUUACAUCGCUAGUGGGAAAAAUUGUAAAAAGGUCGACAUCUGCUACCAACCCUUAAAUGCGGCGAACUCAGCAACGCCAGGGCCAAUUUGUGAGAGGAAAAACGUGAAAAAAGAAAAUGAGGGCAAUGUCGACGGCAUUAUUAUAAGUGCUAUCACCAACCAGAAAGAUGGGUGCGUAGUGGACUUUGAAGGGAAUCAUUACAUCGCCAUUGGGCAAAAAUGUAAUCAGGCCGACAUCUGUUACCAACGCUUAUAUGUCGUGAUUGUGUUGGACCCCCGAGCAGGUGGAGAAAGUACAUUGACGGUUGGUGGCAACGUUGUGGACAGAUAUGAAAGUCCUGAGCAAAUGUUUGAUGCCACAGAUCUUCACACGUUUUGGAUUCGCAUUAAUAACGAUCGACUUCAGGUUGGUGCAGGUAGCGAGUAUGGCGAACGGACGGUGAUACUGGAGGGCAGGACGGACCCAAGCCUGACACAAGAUAUUCGAAAUACCAGGCAUACACUCUCAAUUUCAGCCAGUCAGGCCGGCUCGCUCACCGCCCAGUUUCCAGUCUACGACCGAAUCAUCCUUGAGACGGAACCAGAACGGCCUCAGUCGCUCGCCAGCCUCCCCUUCCUGUUUGAGAGUCUCGUUGUUAGGUUUGGCCUCCGCACCCCAGGAGCCAACAGUCGCCUGGACAACAAGCACGUGAUCGAAUUCCUAAACACGGAUACAGAUGAGAAAUUGACGGUGACGUUCCGCGCGACUCGUAUUUCUAAUGAGAUCAACAUUGAUGAAAUUGUUAUUCAAUUCCGACGCGGACUGGAAGUUUUGGUGGAGGAGAGGCAUUCGGAGACAGUGCCGCACGUGGACUUUAUGGACGGCAACGGGCACACACAUACAGAAUUCUCGGCAUUCUGGGUAUCAGCCAUCAGUAAUCGUGUGUACGCCGGAGCCGGAAACGAGGUUGGCAAGGAGGCGAUGACUGAGCUAUUUUUGUUACCGGAAGGGACAGACUUCUUCCAGCCGAAUGACGUCAUUGUCCGUUCCAUGGACGGUGACGUGUCGAAUCCCAAGCACGCGCAGUGGAUGUUCGAUCUGAAACAAUGGGCAACGCCGCGUAAGACGUCACUGACAGGGCGGCCACUACCGACAGCGCGUGACGUCAGCCUGGCGGUUCACACGAACAUUGGGGCUAGCACCACGUGGAGUGACAAUCUUACUAUGGCCGUCAUGCAGAUGGGUCAGUUCAUAGACCAUGACCUUAUUGCCACGCCCGCUGAGACAGGGGAGUCCGGCCACAUCAAUUGCCACUGUGUGAACGGUUCCUACGUUAAAACAGAAGAAACAGAGAGCCGGUUCUGUUUCAACAUCAACAUCACGGAGAAAACAGAUCCCAGCGGAGGACAGGGCGCGUUUCCCUCGAACAAAUUCGAUUGUUUUUCGUUCAUCCGUUCGUCCGCAACCCUCGAGUGCAACGCAGAUAACAAGCUGCGAGACCUUCGUAACCGCGAGCAGCUGAACCUGCUGACGGCGUAUGUGGAUGGCUCCAACAUCUACGGCUCCGAGCAGACUGAGGCAGACGAUCUCCGUGCUCAUGACGGGCACUUGCGAGGUUUUCUUGCUACGAGCGAUGGCCCGAUCCAUCCGGAGUUGCCGAUCUCGACCGCGGCCGGGGAAGGGGAGGCGGCCUGUAACAAUGAUGGAGAUGAUAACUUCCCCUGUCACCAAGCGGGUGACUUCCGCGUGAACGAGCAGCCCGGCCUGGCGAGCAUGCACACCCUUUGGGUCCGCGAACACAAUCGCGUCGCCGGGGAGCUCGUACAGAACCACGGAUACCAGGACGACACGGAGGCGUCCAGUAACGAGCUUCACCAUGCCGCACGACGCAUCGUCAUCGCCGAGUACCAGAAUAUUGUGUACAACGGAUACCUUCGCUCUUUCAUGGACGCGAAAAUCUUCGAUGAUUUUAAACUGAAUUCUUGCAUGGAUGGGUCUUGUUCCUACGACGACUCCCUUAACCCGUCCAUCACCAAUGAGUGGGGCAUAGCUAACAGGAUGGGUCACACGUGGAUCAAUAACCAUAUGGUUGGGGAAGUGGCGGCGACUACCCCUGGCUGGGAGCUGAAAGACAACUUCUUCAAGCCUACACGACUCCAUGUAAACGGAUCAGAUAUCUUUAUUACGAACCUCUUCAGCUCCAGGUGUCCCGAGUCCGACAGGACGAUAGAGACUGCCGUCACAGAGAACCUAUUCCGUAGCGACGUGAGAAACGCCUUUGACCUGGCGGCCCUGAACAUCCAGCGUGGGCGUGACCAUGGCGUCUCAUACUGCGCCACGCGGAAGGCGCUCGGCCUCAAGGUGCCGGCGACCUUCCAGGAAGCGGAGAACAUGCAGCUCUUCUCAAGGGAAACGAUCGCCUUGCUGGAAAGUUGUUACGACAACAUUUGCGACAUCGACCUGUUUACGGCGAUAGUGGCGGAACGUCCGUUGCGCACCAGGACCAACCUCCCCAUAAAGUCUGACUCCCCGAUCGCUGAAACGCUUAACCACAUCCAGGGGGACAUGUAUAGGAAACUGAAACUCGGAGAUCGGUUCUGGUAUGAGUUUCAACGUGCUGGCUUGAAUGGCGAUCAAAAGAGGGCAAUAGGCCGGGUUACCAUGUCAACCAUUAUCUGUGAUAAUGUGCUCACAGAGGGCGGCGAUAUUCAGCCUGACGCCUUCCUUGUUGAGGGGACAGGAAAUGAGAAAGUAAAUUGCAACGCUAUACCAAAACUUGACCUUGGCCUUUUCCGGAAGCAACCGUUACCGAGUUCGAGGUGAGAUGGAUCACCUGUUGGAUCUGCGAGUUGGCCUGGAUAAGAAGCAAUGACAUUGAGAAAAAAAGGGGAAUUCUGUUUCAUUUUUAAUCUUACAUGCAAUAAACGAUAUAAUAUUGUUGAACUCACAAAUAAAGUUUGUAAUCAUUA